AUUCAAUAUGAUCAUUUUAUUGCUUCAUGCUAAAUACCUACGAAUAAACUAAAUAUUAAUUGUUGAGUAUUGUAUUUAUUACCAUGUCUAUUGUUAUGCAUAAAGAAUUUACAUUUUAUAUUAUCUAAUUGUUUUUAUUGGUUUUUUUUUUGUGUGUACUUGUUUAAUUUGUUAUGGAGCAAAAUGCAAGCCUUUUACAACCUGUUGGCAGAUGACAGAGUACCAUAUUAUGGUUUUAUAGCCAUCAAUUGCAUACUUCUAUUCAAUUUAUUCUUUUGGGGGUAAGUUAUGAAAUUACAAGUAUAAUUGAAUAAUCAUAAUUAAUAUUUGUUGGUAUCCUAGAUUGAUAAAUUGUUUUAAUUAUAGUCAUAUUAAUAUUGUAUCAAUUCUAUCAUUCUGUUAUGCAUAUGUUUAAGCCUACUAGAACCCAGAUAUUGAUGGUUAUUUUAAUUUCUAAUAUUAAAUUGCAGAUGACAUGAAAUUUUAACUUCCAGGCUUUAUUGGACUCUGAUUUAGCUGUAGGAUUUCUUCAACCACGCCUUAAAAUAAACCAAUGGGUUGAAAAUUAAAAUAAAUUGGAAUAAAUUAUCUUUAAGCUCAAUAUUAACAACACAAUUUUUUAAGUACAUACCAUGACAAAUUGUUUUUUGCGGUUCAUCAUACAAAUUAUUAACUUAAAUUAAUAUCGUCUUCAUUUCUUAAAACCGAUGCACAAAAUUGUAGUUCAUUAAUCAAUAACCCAUCCAGUGUGGUUUUAUGUCAUCCAAAUCCAAUUUCAUUAUCCUGUUAAACUUCAAUAUGUGUCCACUUCAAGCUUUUAAUUUACUUAGUUAAAAAUUAUUAACUAGUGCUUAACCUUACUUUUUCCAAUAAUAUUAUCAUCACAAAUAUGUUAGAAAAGUUGUGUGCUAAAUUAUUUAAAAAAUCUAAAUCCUUUACUUAUACCUAGUUUUAUGACAGCUGAUAAUUUUAUAUCAAUCAUAUGCAUAUAUUAUGUCUAUAUAUAUUUAUUUUAGGUGGACAAGUUUUAUAAUAGUUAUAUUGGGAAUCAUCUGUGGUUAUUAUGUGUUUGACUACAUUUUCAAGUAAGUUAUGAUUUUCAUAUAUAUAUAUAUAUUUUUUUUUUCUUAUAAUUCAUUGUUUUUUUCUGAUAGAAAACAAGAUUCAAAUGAUAGCCUUUUGUCGGAGAAUUUAUUUUAUAAGACUACCUUUAACAAUUAUUGCAAAAACUAUGUUUCAUCUAACGUAAAUGUAAAAUGUGUAAUUGAACCAAUACCAUGGAAAGGAUUAUUUAUAUCAGAACAGAUAGAUUGUUCAAUAGACAAAGUAUCUAAAAUUUUUUUAUUCUGAAUUAUUUUUUUAAAAUUUGUAUGGUAUUUUUCAUAUGUAAAUCUUAAUUUUGCUUUAAAUUUAAUAAAACCAUCAAAUUGUAUGUAUUAUUGAAUAUAUGUAUGUAUAUAUGAAACAAAUCUAGUUUAGCACCUCACAAAUUUCAAAUUUUUUUUGAAAAAUGUGUUUAUCAAUGCUGAUUCUGAAAAAGUUAGAAUUUAUGGAAACCAAUAUUGGAAAAAUGAUAGCAAAAAAUGUCACUCUUCAAAACUUUUAAAAAAAUGUUGUGGUAAAGGCAAGUUUCAAUGUUAAAGAUGAGAGUGCAAUACAAUUUUUCAUGAAGUAUUAUUUUAGAAUUUAUAGUGAUUUGAAUACUAUAGGUAUGUCACUAUACAUAAUAGACUAAACAAACAAUUAUGAGUGCAAAGAAUGAUUUCCUAUUUUUUAAAAAUCUGGAGGAAGUGCUAAACUAAAUUUGUAUCUUAUAAUAUAUAAAUAUAUCAAUGUGGUUCUACUCUUAGUCCACAAUCACAAAGCCGUUUUUUGUGGUAUGAAAGUUUACUUAUUUACUGUCUUCUGAAAACAAUAAGUUUUCAUUAAUUUUUUCAUGGCUUGUGGCUUUUAUAUAAAUGUGUAUAUAAAUUUGCCCACAUAAUAAAAAAGGUCUUAUUGAUAAUUUAUAUAUAUAAUAUUUAUUUAUUAUUUAUGAUUUUUAGUUGUUGUCAAAAAUUCUAAAGACUUAUAUUACAAGUUGGUAUGAAAAUAUUUCAGAUGAUCCAAAUUUGAUAAAAGAAAUUAAAUUUGUAGUACGUUUUGCUACAAGUGUUUUACUAAAAAGAUUAUUACAUGUUGGUACAUAUUUUAUAAUUUUAUUCUUUAAACAUUUUAUUCAAUAAAGUAAUUCCUGUUAUGUAAAUUCAUAUUUUAGUUGAACAUUGAAGAUAUUGUAUUUUAUAAAAUAUUACCAAUAUUUUUAUCACAUAUAAAGCACUGUCAGAAAAUUGAAAAAGGAGAAAAAAUUCCUCGUCAUUUUAGCAUUAGUAGUCGUAAAAUUGAGAUUAUGUAUCUUCAACAAAUUACUGCUAAUGUGUUACCAUUUAUAACCCGGGAAAAUGAUCAUCAAUGCAAGUAAGUAAUAUUUUUCUUUAAAUAUUUAUGUUGAAUAUUUGUUAACAUAAUAUUUUUAUAACUUCAAGUCUUAAUAUAGUUAAUUUAUUAGAGAAACAUGUAUGUAGAUUUUAUUAUUAGCAAUCUACCUAUAAUAGUUCAGUGAAGUUGUAGACCAAGUAAUAUGUACAAACAGUUUAUAAACCCUUUCAUUAUCACUGUCCAUUUCAAUGGACAUGACUUUUUAGUCAAGGUUGUGGAUCAUUAUUUUAAUUAAAUGAUUAAUUAAAUGAUAACAUGAUUUUUUUCAAUUAAUUAACUAAGUAAUGAAAGGGUUAAAAUAUAAAUUGAAUGUAGGAAAUUUUAUAAAAUAAAAAAGUAUGGUACAUAAAAUAUUAUUUAAAAAUAUAUUAAAAGGAAAUCAAAAAUGUAUACAAAUGUAUUAAAAAAAAAAAAAUGUUUUAUAAAUGUAUAUAUGAAAUAAUUAAAUAUUGAGGUUUAUAUAUCAAUAACCAACUGACAGUAGAGUUAAAGUAUAGUUGUAUUAUUUUCAAGAGGUCAAAUUUAAUAACUGAUAAUGCUGCAGGUUUUUAAUAGUUAUUAGUCAAUCAUUAUCUGCAUAAUAACUUAUUAUUAUUUUUACUGUGUGUGGAAUUUUUAUUAUAAAAUACUAUACUAUUGAUAUUAUUCAAUUGUUGAUCAUAAAAAUUAUGAUAGAUCACUUAAAAUACCAGUGAACUAUAUGUAGAUGACAUAUUGACACCAUUAUCAAGCUAAUUACUAUUGUUAACAUUUUAAAAGUAAUUAAAAUUUUAAAAAAAAUCUGAUACUACUGAUGGUGCCCCAGGUGUUGGUGGGAAAUUGGGAAAGUAAGAUUUAGAGGAGAAUUUAAUGUAUAUCUGUAUGCGAAGAUUAAGCAUUUCUAAUAAAAAAAAAAACGAGUUUGAGCAGAGUAGGGUUAUAUAUGUUUUGAAAGGCUGCAUUUACCAUUUUCAUUAAAAUUUGAUUUAUUUGAAACCAUUAUAAAAAAAAUACUACAUUACAUUACUUUUUUUUUACCACCAAGUAAAACUUAUAAUGAAUCUUCUAUUAAAUUUUCAAACGUUUCUGUUUAGUCAAACAAUUUACCCAUAUGGCAACUACCUAAGAAAAACUAAAAAAAAAUUCUCUAAGUUAAAAUACUUAUAAAUAGCUCAAAAAUCAUUCAAUUGUUUUUAAAAUUGUACCAUGUAUAAAAAAGGCAAAUAUAAUGUUUCUUUCUAAGGUUUUAUGGUUUUGCUGAAUUAUUAACAGAACUAUACAGAAAAUAAAAAAAAAAAAAAAAAAUAAAAAUACUCUAGGUUUAAUAAAGAGGUGUUCACAAUAUCUAGACUCUAGAAUACUCUAGUGACUGCUAUUUUGUGUUCUAGCUUGACCAGCUAGAGUAAACGAUGAAAAAAAAAUGCUAUAGCUAUAUUUUUUGAAAUUUUCAUUGCUUCAUCAUAAAAUAAUUUAUCUGGUCCAAGAUAUCUUAAUUCUGAAAAGUAUUUUUUUGUUGAUUCCAUUAUAAUUAGAGUCCAGGUUUGUAUGUUUUUGCAUAUUUUUUUCAUUUCACCUUUUAAAAUUUUUGUUAAUAACUUUGACGAAUCAUACCAAUUGGAAUUCACUACUAAAUUUGUAUUUUGCAUAUUUUUACAUAUUUGACUGUAAAUGCGUAUUUGUUGCAUAUUUUAAUGAAUGUACUAUCAUGAAAAAAUUUUGGGUAAUGACACAAUUCUAGCUAUCUUAAUUUAAAAUAUGUGUUAUAUGUAACAUAUAUACAUUAACAUUAGAAAUGGCCGAGGUAAUCCCAUUGUACUAAAAGAAAUAAUUCAUCUACUUUAAUCUAAUCUUUAUAUCUUAAUACAUUUAAUUUUAUAAUAUAACCUACAGGCUAUGAAAUGAACAUUUAGUUAACUGUUCUCAAGUUACAACUGUGCUGGAAAUUCUCAUUGACAUUGUUAGUAAUAAUACCGAUUUUACCAAUAAAAACAUACUAAUUUAAAAAAAUGUUCAAAUAAGUGAAUUAGAAUAAGAAAAAAUAUAUAUUAUUCAUGGACCUAGAGGCAGCAUUAAAAACAAAAUUAAAUGAUAUUUUCUCCAAAACAAAAGCCUAAAAGUAUUGUGUACAAUUAACAAAGUACUAUUAAGGGAAACAGAAGUUCAACUAGAUGAAAACUAUCAAGACCCAAUGAUUUUAAGCUCUUUUUAAUUUGCCCCAAUAAUUUCAGUAGAUAUUAAACAACCAUUUUCGAUAUACAAGCAUUUAUUAACAGAUAGAGGACACAGUUUUAUAAAAGAAAAACUUGAAUAUCAUUUAAUAAUUAAUUUUAACAAUAAAGAAUAAAAAUACAUUUUGAGUUGUAUAUAUUUUUUUUUAAACUAUAAAUAGUAUAAAUGUAUGUAUUUAAUUAUACAUUUAUAUUUUUUUCAUACCUAAUAUAAUUUUGAAAUAUAAAUUGUUUUAUUACAUAUAUUUUGCAUAUUUUAAUGAUUUUUACUGCAUAAUAUAUGGCAUACUUUGAUAUUUAGUAUAUAUAAAUUUGGAAUCUAAUUAUAAUAUUAUAUUAUAUGUCUGCCAUCCAUAUAUCAUAUGUCAGCUCUGUGGAGCCAAGCAUUUUUAUGUAGGACUAUUGACCCACCACUAUAUGUAUUAUAUGUAUCUUCUUGGGUAUUAACAGCCACUAGAACCACCUAGCCAAACAAUCAGUCAUCCAAUUAUCUGUCAGCUGCUUUUGUUUUUCAAUAUGGGCUUUAAUUUAAGUUCUCUCUUUACCACAACUUCCCAUCUUAAACCAGGUCCUCCAAGAGGUAUUUUCCCUUCUGGAUUCUCUGCCAACACUAUGCACAAUAGUAAGUUCUGACUAUGUCAGGUUAGACUACUGUAACCUCCUUCUUCAGAUUAUAUUUAAUACAUUUUGAUUCUGGAAGAGUUGCUCUAAUUCUUUGUUUUUUUUUUAUUCUCUAUCCAGGUUUCUUUGUCUUUUACUGGACCAAAAAUCUUUUUUAGGAUUUUUCUCUCUAGAACAAUAAGUUUCUUUUCCUCUUAUAUGUACCCGUUAUAAAUUUUAUAAUACAUUGAAUCAAAUCUUUAGAUUAAUCUUGUUACCUUUUAUUAUUAUUAUUAUUAUUUGUUUAUUAAUAAUGUGACAUUUUUUCAUAAAACUAUUUUAAAUAAAAGCUGUUUAUAAAGAGCAGCUGAGCUUAUUUACAUUAUUUCUGGAUUUUUAAUAAUUAUGUUUGUUUCAGGAUAUUUUAUACAUUAAUACAAGAAAUACUUUCACGUUGGGUAUUAUUACCAAUAUCGGAUGUAAUUUGUAAUCCUGUGAAUCUGACUUCAGCUUUGUUGAAAUUAUCCAAAUCAUCUAAUACUUCACAGAUUACAGCUUCAAAGAAUGAACAAGUUGAAUUUUUAUCAAAGUUUAUUUCUGAAGAAGAUUUUGUUCAACUUGGUAUGCGUAUUAUUUUUAAGGACUCUACAAUAUUGUCUGCAUUUAUGAAUUUCCUAAAACAAAAAGAGGCGAUGCAUUUAUUACAAUUUUGUUUAAACGUAGAUCAGUUUAACAAACGUAUGUUAAGGCCUGAGAUACCAUCUCAAGAACUUGAUAUACUAUAUCGAGAUGCAUGGGAUAUUUAUUCUGUAUAUUUUAGUAAACAUUCACCGGAUUGUAUACAUUUUGAACCUGAGUUAGUUAAUCAGCUGAGAAAAGAUUUGUCAAAAGAUGUUAUUAAACUUCAGAAUUCAAAACCACUGAAUCAGGCCUAUGAACAAACAUAUUGUUUAUUAGAAAAUAAAUAUUGGAUAGCAUUUCAAAAUUCUGAUGAUUAUUUUUCUUGGAUAUGUGGACCACGUAAUGUUUCAAAUACCAACUUGUCUCAAAAACCGGUUUUAAAUAAAGAAAAAAAUAGUUCUUCCUCCAAAAUCAGUCGCAAAUUAAAUAGAAUUAAAGGUGCUUUAAAGUCAAGUGCUAUUUAUGAUGGUCAAAUAGAUUCUUUAUCUUCAGAUUAUGAGACAGAAUUUGGCGAAGAUUUAUCUAUGGACAGUGAAAUUAUUAAUAGUGAGCGAGAUUUAAAUACUUGGAAAGUGAUUGAUGUUACAUCUGCUAUGAAAUUAGAAUCUGGUUCAAAUGGAGGUCAAUCAUUGAUAUUUUUUAUAACAGUAGAGAUUGUUAAACAUAAUAUGGUAAAACAAUGGUGUGUUGAAAGAAGAACUAUUGAUUUUUAUACUCUAAAAUCUAAACUUACAGAAUUCCAUGGAGUUAUUUUAGAUAUUUGGUUACCACCCAAAAGAGUUAUAUGCCAAAAAACUGAAAAUAAUGAAAUAUUUAUGAAUUUUCUUAAUCAACUAUUAAAAAAAUCAGAGCUCAGGCGAUCAGAUUUACUACACAUGUUUUUGACAUCUACAGAAAAUUUUGAAGAUUCUGAAUCAGCUAUUGGAAGAUUAUUAAGAAAGUCAAUGCCAAUGUCCUUACGAAAAGAACGUGGGCAAAAUUUAGAAUCAUUCAUAUCAGUCUUUAUGACUUCAGUUGAAACUAAAUUAAAACAGAGGUAUUGUAUUCCUUGAUUAGGUAUUAAUAAAAAAAAACAAUGACAUCUAAAUUUUAUAUAAAAAUAAAUACUGUUAAGAAAUUACUAAUUUAUAUAGUUUACAUUUUUUAAUAGUAAAUGUAUGUUUUUAACUAGACAUGAAUGGAAAGAUUUAUUUGAAAGAAUUCCUCAAAGAAAAACUAGACUUACUGAAAAUUCAAUUUUUAAUAAUUACACAAACAUAAUUAAUGAUCAAGAUGAAGAAAUAAAACCAGUAAAUGGUGAAUUAGACCAAAUAUAUAUUCCCUGUGGGCCAAUUGAUUGUAUCAUUUUUUUUGGAGUACACGUAUAUAAUAUGUCUAAUGCAGUUAUUCGAAUAAUUUUGGCCAUAAAAUUAAUUUGUGGGAACAUAUUAGAUUAUAUUAUACAAAGAUAUAUAACCUCAUGUAUUGUAAAGUCAAUGACACCUUCCAAAGUUUCAAACCUAAUUGAACUAUUAGAAAGUAUGCAAAUUUAUUUAUAUUUGUAUUUUUAAAACCAAUAAUUUAAUGUUUUUUUUUUCUUUUAGACUUAUUGUUUUCUGAUGGUGAUACAAAUAAUGAAAAUCAUACAUUUUCAGUUGAAAAUGUACAAUCAUUGAAUAAUUCAAUUCUUCAACCACUUUAUAUGUGUUUGUUUAAAUGCAGUCAAAAUUCAAUUAUGAAUAAACAAUUAUUUUAUAGGCUCCUAGAUGUUUUAAUCGAAGAACUAUUUCCAGAACUUCGAACACAACCUACCGAACAAUUAUAAUCAGAAAAUUACUGUGAUAAUAUUAUUGAAUCACCAAGUACCUAUCUAAAUGAGGUAUAUUAGUAAAAUAUUUUAUACAUUUUUAAGUAACUUAAUUAUUUUAUAUGUUAGUCUUAAUACCUAAUUAGGUUUUUUUCUUUUAAAUUAAACUGAACUAGCAAGUCAAAUUUAGUUAUCAUGUAUGACUAAUUUUGUUAAAACGCUUUUCUUAAACCUGUGUAUAUUAUAGUCAAAGGAGAUUUAUAGUUUAACAAAUUAUAUUAUCAGAUUAUUUUAUUGGUUUACACAAUUUGUAUUAAUAUUAAUUAUUAUAGAUAUGUAAAAUGUUCCUAAAUUUAAAUAAAAUAUUAGUUUUAAGUUUAUAAGUUAUAAGUUUAAGUUGUUAGAAAUAUUAUAUACUUUAGGGGCGGCCAAAUGGUAGAUCACAAUUAAUUGGUAGAUCAUAAAUAAUUUCAAUAACAAUUUUCCUUUGUUAGAAUUUAAUUUUAUACAGUUAGUAAGUAAAUCACAAUUAAUUUAUUGAGAUUAUUUUUUUCUUAUUAAAUCAUUUAUUAUCAGUUUAUCAAGGAAUACAAUUCAACGUUUUAUGCUGCAAAUAUUAUUUCUGGUAUAUUUUAAAAAAAUUAUUGUUGAAAUAUUGUAUGAAAAACUUUAUUCAUUAAUACUUAUUCUAUAAUUAUAAUUUUUUUUAUGGAAGUUCAUCAUCAAAAGAAAAAAAAUAUACUUUUAGUGGAUCUUUCCAAAAAAUUUUGGCUACCACCUAUUUUAAUACUUAUUAGUUAUUUUUAUAAAAUAUUUAAUUAGUUUUAAUACUUUUGUUAAUUAUUUGAAAUAGUUAUUAUAGUUUUUAUUAAAUAAUAUUUAUUUUUCUAUAUCUAUAUUUAUAAAAAAAUAGUUUGGUUAGAUUUACAAAUUUUGUUUGUUUAAAUAAUCUUUAAAUAAAAUGAAAACAAAUAUAUUAUUUAAAGAUAACUAGCUGCAUAUUAUAGGAUACAUAUUUAAAGACAACAACCUUGCUAAUAGACGAAAAACCUUAAACUGAAUAUUAAAUUAUAUUAAAUUAUACACCAAGUACCUUUAAUUUUGAACAAAAAAAAUAAACCUCUAUAUAUAUUAAUUGUAAUUUAUUUCAAGUCUUGUGUUUCUUACCAUAAUAUUGAAAAAUAAACCGAGUAACAUAAUAUUUUAUAUUUUUAUACAGCUCAAUAUUGCCAAAAGGUAUUAUAUUUUAUCUUUCAAUCAAGUAUUUAAUUAAAUAUAGUGUAUUAUUUAUUACCAAAUUUAUAUGUUUAGACUCAAAACUGUAUAUCUGACAUAUUUUUUUUUAAUAUUUAUUAUUUCAAAGAUAUAAAUAUGGGAAAUGUUUACAUUUUUAUAUUGGUCAAUUAUUGACAUUAAAGGUUAGUUAAGUUUUUGAAAUUGAAUACAAUAACAUAAUUCUGUAAAAUAUUAUUAAUAAUUUAUUUAUACAUCAACAAAGUUUAAUUUGAUUUCAUGUUAUUACUUUAUCAGAAUUCAUUUAAAGUUUAAUUUAUCUUCUUAUAAGAUAGUUACAUUGUUUCUUUUUUGAAUGUUGUUAUUAUUUCCAUUGUUUUACAACACAUAACUAAUAAUAAAAUAUUAAAAUACUUAUAAUUAAUCAAUAAUUUUACCUAAUAUCAGUUUAUUCUUAAAAUGUGAUAUGCAAUUAAAAGCACUUACACAUUGAUUUGUACUUUGUGUCUAAUAUAAGAGUAUACAGUAACCCUAUUAGUAAUUAUCAACUUAUUUUUGGUAUAUUUUUAACUUAAGCUUUUUUUUUAAAUUUACUCCCAGAUUGACUAAUCAAUUUUAACCCUAAAAUUAACUAUUCAAUUCGAGAUUAAAACAGAGUUUAACUACAUUAUUUUCUUCUCAUAAAAAAAAUUUCAAUUCAAGAAUGCAAUAAAAAUUAGUUAAAUCAUUGAGCACUAGAGAGCUCUUAUUUUAUCUAUGAAUAUCAUUAUCGCGGUUGAGAGUUAAUCAUGUUUACUUAAUGUAAUUAAUUUGUAUAUUUAAAUAAUAUUUGUAAGAAAUGAAAUAUAAGGUAUAUAUUACAUAUAUAUACAAUGUGUUUAUGUCAAAAAUUGUAUUUAUUUUAUUUUAUUUACCCAAUUUAUUUUAUGUUUUGUGGUUGACUAAAUAUUUGUUGAAUUUUUAAAUUACUCAACUAAAAAAAAUACUUUUUUGUGUUGUAUCGCAAUCUUAAACUGGAUAGUUAAUAUACAUAUAUAUAUAUAUAUAUAUACACACAGGAUGAUUCAUUAAGCAAGCUCACUCCAUGUCUAAGGUUAAAUUUUGCAUACAUUAAAUUAUUAAAGUUCUGAUUUUUGGAAUUUUUAAGUGUAGGCAAAUCGGAUAUUUUUGUAUGCUUUUUGUAGAUUUUUCACAACAUUUAAGGAACAUUUCAAAUUUGUUUUAUCUAAUAUUCUGUUUCUUUAUGAAAUUUUUAAUAUAGGUUCUCUUUUGAAAAAUUAAAGUUUUUAUCAUCAACAGAAUACUCCUUUAAUGUUGUGAAAGAUCUAACCUUAAAACUACACUUAAAAAAUCACUAAAAAUGGGGAAGCAUAAUUAAUAAAUCACUCUGUAUAUACCAUAUAUAUAUAAACUGCAAUCUCUUAAAACUGAAUUAGUGUUAUUGUUUAUCUAAAAAUUCUAUGAUAAAUUAUUUUAUUCUGUAAUUAGUUUGUAACCCUUGUAAGUUAUAAUAAUAUACUCAAUACUCAUAGAAGUCAAUGUUAUAUAAGUAUCAGUAAAAAGAUAUGCUCCAAUUUUCACUAGUUAUUUUUUUUAAUAAAUUCAAAUACAAUCAAUUUCUUUUAUUUUGAAUAAUUGUUAAAUAAAUGAAAUGAUAAAAUAUGCUCAACACAAAUGAAUUUCAAAAGCUUUAAACAGCAUAGUUCUUAGAAUUGGUAAUAAGCUUGAAAAUUAUAUGUGCAUAUAAGUUGCGAGCUAAUUUAUUUUGUGUCCUUGUAUUGCCUAGUGUAAAAAUUAAUAUCUAAAAUUCUUAGAAUAAUAUAAAUGUGUGAAUAAGCUGUUACUUUUAAUAUAUAAUUUUUAUUUUAAGAGUAGUAUACUUACAAAUUUACAAUAUUUAAUUAUCUAUAAAAAUAAGGAUUUUAUAACAAACUUAGUGUAAUACAUUUGUAUAGUACAAAUUAUACAGAAACCAAAAUUUAAUAUU